AUGGUUUACGAGUCCUCAUAUGAUAGUGGUCGCAGGCCACACAAACCCGACCUGACACGCGGCUAUUGGGCGGCGCCAAGUGAUUUCGUUUACACGUGCAUUAGUUUGGGCUUCCGCAUGGAUGUGAUAUCGAUGGGUUGGUUUAUCUACCAACACAUGGGCGGUGCUGUUAUACCUUACAUCGUCUGUAUGUUUUUGUUUGUGGUGCCAAUCAUGGUGAUUCAGUCAUUUAUGGGACAGUUUUCCAGCAGUGGUUUUAUAUCGGUGUUUCGUAUAUCACCAAUUUUCAAGGGCUUGGGUUAUAUAAGUUUGGGCGUCAAUUUGGCAGUGCUCACCUACUACAGUAUGUUUGCGGCGGUGCCGCUACUCUAUUUCUUCCACUCCAUGCGCCCUACAAUACCUUGGAGCUGUGAGGGCAUGGAAAAAUGGUUCAUAAACAGCACCGAAGUGGAUGUGGAACAUUCCUGCAAACUUAAAGAUGUAGUGGAAAUUAAUGCCAGUAUGGCAAAAACCAACGACUCCUAUAAAUAUAUUGGCUAUGAAGUGCCGUCUGUGCUAUUUUUCAACUCGCUUUUCGGUGGUGACGAUCUGAUGGAUAACUAUGAGUACAAUAGCCCUUUUAUGUUUUCGUGGGAGUUGCUUCUCUGCACAAUGCUUAGCUGGGGCAUUAUCGCUGCCGUCUUUUAUCGCUUCUACAAUACGGAAUUGAUGAGCAAAUUUCUACGUUACACCAUUUGGGCAUCACUGGCUUUGCUGGUCAUCUCUGUGAUACGUUUUCUGCUGCUAUCGCUCGAUUUCAAAUAUAUAUUCAGUUAUUUCAUAGCAACUCCGCGUGAAUUGGCCGAAGGCAUACCAAAUACACUGCUGUUUAUCGUGUCUGCUUUCGGUCCCGGUUGGGGUUCCAUUAUUGCCUUGGCUAGCUUUAAUCGCUUCAAAACCAAUAUAAUGAAUUUCAGUUGGCUUAUUUGUAUAGGUCAAAUGUGCAUUUUUAUGGCUUACGGCAUUUUAACGCAUAUAAUUCAGGGCUACUUUCAAUCUAUCAUCGAACAUUAUGAUGAGGUAGAUAAUUUGUAUGUGUAUGUGAAUCAUCACUGGGCUUUGUAUUUAUCGAGUGGCAGCGUAAUGACCACAAUGAGUUGGCCAAAUCUCUGGUCAAUGAUUUUCUUUGGCAUGCUUGCACUUAUGGCGCUGAUUACGAUGAUCACGUGCUUAUUCUCUGUUUUCCAAAGCAUAUUCGAUGAAUUCGAAAUACUGCGUGCGCGUAGAACAGAAGUCACUUUCGGCAUCAUUGGUAUACUAGCAGUUUUAUCUCUGUACACGUGCUCCAAUCACGGUGUUAUAUUCUUCAGCGCCAUGUCAAUGGAUUCACUAUUCACACAAACAACACUGAAUCUGUUUCUGCUUCUUGUCGUGCUGUGGAUUUACGGACGUAUACGUUUUCAGCGCGAUAUAGAAUUCAUGCUGGGCCAACGUUUUUCCACAUGGAAAGUGAAUAUGUUGAGGUUUGUUGCGCCGAUUUGCCUCAUCAUACUGCUAUUAAUUUCGGUAGUUGCUGCGUUCUUCGAGCACAGUGUCGCCUCAAUUGUAGUUCAUAUAGCUGCGGUUUUCUUCAUCGUUUUACCGUGGCUAUUUUUACCCGGCUACAUGAUCUAUGUACUCCUGCAAACAUCGGGUCCUUUGAAAAUGCGUUUUCGCCGCAGUUGCCGUCCAUUGGAUUGGUAUCCGCUUGAAAUGGAGGAACGUCAACGGUACGAGGAGGCCAUGGGCAAUAUGGAUAUUACGCAUCAGUUGAGUCAGAUGGAAGAUGAAGUUGUGCCAUAACGAGUUAAUCUUGCUAAUAUAUGUGUGUUGGUUGUGUAAUCAUAUAAAAUGUAUUUAUGUAUGUAUAUAUUAUUGAAGAAAUUAUUAUUAUUAUUAAAUAUUAUUGUGAUUUGUAGGCAAGAACAAACUGUAUAUGUAUACUCGUAUUAAUUUACAGAUUUAGCAGUUUUCAUUGUUGUAAAGAAAUCAAUACGAAUUUGAACUCAUAUUUUUACUUUUUCUC